UUACUAUAAAUUUCUGUGAUUUAUCCAAAAGCCUCAAACCUCAUUUGGCAACAACAUGGAGAGCAGCUAUCUUCAUUUUAGGACCUACUCCUCCUUGUUCCUUCUCUUAUUGUUGUUAAUCAUAUCCUUCCGCUGCACAACUGCAGCAGCAACUGUUGGCAGUACCGUCGGAGGAGGACAAGAAGAAGAAGCACAACAGCUUCAAGAACAACUUCACAUGGAGGCCAAGGCUCAGAAAACUCCCAUUAUAGAGACGGUCAAGAGAAUGUUUUCUUUCCCCACUACUCUUCCUCAAACUUCAACCAGUUAUUGGAGCAAAUUCAAUUCACUCAUCAAACAAUGCAAGGCCUACUUCUCCCCUCCAACUCUUGAUUUCCGAGAUAGUCAAGAAGCACAAGGCAAGGAGGAAGGAGCAGGUGAAAAGGUGAAAGAAGCAAUGAUAAAGAGCCUUGACAAGAGUAAAGAGGCAAUGGAAGAUUCCGCCAAAUCAGCCGCAAAAUUAGCUGGGGACGCAGUGCAGAAAACAAAGAAUAAGGUAAAAAGAACAUUCUCCUUUGGAGAUAAAGACUCUGGACAUCAUGCGGAGGAACUCUGAUGAAACAAAUACUUGACAAUGGGUAGGCCUUGUAAGCUAAGCUUAGUUUCAAAAUUUAUGUACGUCUACUUUCACUUGAGUAAUGUGUUGUAAAUAGUUGGUGUACCUUUCAUUGUUUCGUUAUAGUUAUCUAUCAUGUACCCUCUUCCAUUAA